CCAAACCUGCCAUUUAUAUUUUUACGUGAUUUCAGAAUUGGAGAGGCGGAGGGGACUCCUUGAGAGACCACCUAGCUUCGCCCCUGGUUACUAUAUUCUUACCACAAUUUAUAGUCUCAUGCCAAUGAUAACAUCAUAUUCGCUCCCGGCAUUUGGUUGGACAUUUGUUUGCUUUGUUGCCCAUUUUAUGUUAGGUAGUGCUUGUUUGUGAUAUUUCAGGUACUAGUACGUGAAUGAAGACUUAGAAGCAAGUUUCGGUGCAACUGGAGAGCAGAUGGGAUUCGGAGGAUGCAAAGUGGAAAUCCACGGUAUGGGUAGUCAAAUCCACGACCAUGGAUUAGGAGUUCAGAUCAUGCUUUUGAGCAGGAUAAAUCCACGGUUUGGUGUAUGUAUUCCACGACCGGGGAUUGAAAACGAUUGAUCGUGGAAUUCAUACGAGUUCAAUUAACCACGAUGCACCGUUUUGAAGUUCCACGGUCUGGAACUCAAUUCCACGACCGCGUAAUUCGACUAGGGAUUUCCAUUGUCGCGGCUACUAAUCCAAAACUCGGGAUUUUCGCUGGACAUCCAUUUUUCCAAGUUCUGGAACAUCAGGAGAGAUCCCUAGAGAGAGAGAAUGUGACGAAGAACAACCUUGGGGGUGAUUUGAGUUGUCUAAGGACAUUGGAGCUUGAUCUUUCACCCUCGGAGUGUCGGUUCCUAGCUUGGUGAAGAAUUCCAUCCUUCACAUGAUGUUUUGCACUUCAAGCUUUGUGUUUUCUCUACUCUCCAUGGAGUAAACUCUCUUCUCAUAUGGGUUUGUAGAACCCUAGUCGUGUAUGCUAGGAAUGAUUGUAUGGACCCAUUUUCGUAGAUGAUUGACUUUCAUAUAUUCAAGUGAGGCAUUAUUCAGAAUUGCAUGAGUCAUGAUCAAAUUCCUAUGAUUCCUGCUUUAACAUAGAAUGAUAGUAUCUGCAUUGGUUAAAAGAGCAACAUUAAUUGGAAGUAGUGAAUCGUUACUUUAGCCGAGAAGUUGAUUCACUACUCUGUACUGGGAUUGAAAACCAGUAGAGGAAGUUUUGUGUGACAGUGUCCCGGUUAUCUUAUUUUGGUAGAGGUUAGUCGCCUGUCGGGUACUCGAACCGAGAGGGUAUGGAAUUCUUUAGUUGAGACUCCAAACUUAUUAAAAACUUUCUACAGUAUAUCUAUCAAUUGAAAUUAACUUGGGGGAUUACCACCUGAAUUGACUGUAGACUAGGAUAUGACCAUUCUCAUACUUGAAAAACCAGAAGGUUUACUUGCUUUAUGUUUGUCUUUACUUGCAAUCAACUUCACCCGACUUCCACCGCUAUAUAAUAGAAUUGCAUGGAGUAACCAGUAGACCUAGAACAUGGGUUGACAUUUAGAACCUGAAUCCUAUACUGCAUUCCUAGAUUACAAUUAUACUUUGUCGUAGUUUAGUUGUGUCGGUUUUAGCGAGUCAACCAACAUUCUUUAUAUUCCUGGCAUCAUGUACCUUCAAUUUUAGCAACCAUGAUGGUCUAAAAAUGUUUUGAUUGUGAUUCGGGCCCAAAUGUACACAUUUUACUCCUCAUUUCUUAUUCGUUUAGCAUAGUAUUUCAUCGUUCCUCGACAUAUUUCAUGCUAGGUUGUGCUUGUUUUGAUAUGUUUCAGGUCCUAGCACAUGUGAAAGGGUCGAGGUCGAAUUUUGGGAUAAUUGGAGGUCAAAAAGCGCAAAAACCGAAGGAAAGUCCGAAGCGACCGUGACAAUUGCCCCGUAACUGUGAAGUGAAGGCGUCCAAGAAACAACCGCAGUUCACGGUCGGACAAUGCAGUUCAUAGUCUUCUAAGACCGUGAAUAGGAGGCAUGGGCCGUGAACAUCAAGGCGUCCAAGGCCAAAUCCAAAGUUAUUGACGCUAGGCGAGUUCACGAUCUCUAAGACCGUGAACUGGGGCCAUUGACCAUGAACCCAGGAGAAUAAAGCGGCGCAUUUUGGACGACAUUGAGUUCAAGGACGCGUUUAGUUGUUCACGGCCGUGAACUGGCCAACACAUCCGUGAACUGAUCACUUUUGGCAAAUAUGAAAACAACAUCAGGGAGAGAGAAAAGGGAGGUGGUUUGUUGGAGAAGGAACACUUUCUUUCUCUAGGGUUUCAACUCAAAACACCAAAGGGGAGUUCUAGUGAGAGUGAGAGUGAUCUUGGAGCUUAAUUGAAGGCAUUGAUCAAGCUUGGAAGCUAGGAAUCAAGCCUAGAAGAAGAAAAAGAUAUGGAGGUUUCUUUGUAAUCUCCCCUCUCUCUCUAGAAACUCACUCUUUUCUCUUGGGUGUUGUAGAUCCCUAACUAAUACUUUGUAAUUACUUGUUUAGAUGGAAUGAUUGUCAUUGGGUAUUAUUUAAUUCAAUGAUCGAGGUAUUAUUCAUGUUGAUUGUGCAUGCUUGUGCUUAGCAAUCUAAGGGUUGUGCAUGUUUUGUGCUUAGCAUCCUUAGGUUUGUGCAUGUUGGUUCUUAUCAACCUAAGGAUUGUGCAUAAUUGUGCUUAGCAUCCUUAGGUUUGUACAUGCUGGUGCUUUGUAAUCUAAUUAGCCACUUUAACCUAGCUAAGAGAGGAAAAUCCUCCUUCCAAGGGAGACUCAAUCGAGUUGGUUUUCCUUUUGGCUUUUUAAGCCACCUAUCUAGGUUAAUUUAGGGCAAACCUCAAUGUUUAAUUAAGAAAAUUGGUUAAG